GCAGCUGGGUUGUUGGCAAUUUUGCCAAUGUGGACUAGAUUGGACUCAUUAAACUGGAGACCUGUGGUGAUUUGGAGAGUGUUUGAUGGCUGGAUUCUCAAGGGGGAGAAGUUUCCCAGUUCCCAGGAUCAUCCUCUCCCCACGACCGAGCGCUACGUGGAUUUCUGUGAGAGUGGUCUCAGCAGAAGGAGUGUCAGAUCCUCCCAGAACGUGGCCAUGGUCUUCUUCCGAGUCCACAAAGCAGGAAAUGGAUUCACGUUAACCAUAAAGACAGAUCCCAACCUCUUUCCCUGCAACGUCAUCUCUCAGACUCCAAAUGGAAAGUUUACCCUUGUAGUUCCGCACCAGCAUCGAAACUGUAGCUUCUCCAUAAUUUAUCCUGUGGUGAUCAAAAUAUCUGAUCUCACCCUGGGACACUUAAACGGUCUUCAGUGGAAGAAACCCUCAGCAGGUUGUGGGGGCGUAGGAGAUUUUGUGGAGCUGCUGGGAGGAACUGGAUUAGACCCUUCCAAGAUGAUGCUGUUAGCUGACCUCUGCUACCCCUUUCACGGCUCUGCCCAAAUGAAAGUUGGCUGUGACAACACCGUGGUGCGCUUGGUCUCCAGUGGAAGGCACAUCAAUCGCGUGACUUUUGAGUAUCGUCAGCUAGAAGCGUUCGAGUUGGAGAACCCGAAUGGAAACAGCAUUGGGGAAUUCUGUUUGCCUAGUCUUUGAAUAACCAUCCCAGUGCCCAGUGAUUCCCCUGCUGUUAGCUAAGUGAGUUUUUAAUGACGCCUGUGUAUGAUUUUGAUGCCCAGACAGGCGAAAGCGUUUCAUACCACUCAGUAUUCCCAGCUUGAAGCGCGCGCACACACACACAAACACACACUCACACAAUCAUGUUUGUCCUUUGCUUUUUUUUUGGUUUGUAAUAUAUAAAUGAACUAAUAGCAGAAAAUAAGCCCUAUUUGGUAGAAAAAUGUUCUAAGUGGAAGUGUUUGUAAUUCCCUGGUGUGCUACAAAGCUGAAACUGGUAAGACAAGUACAAAGUAUUGUGCAAUAAAUAAUUAAAUCUCAAGGGAAAAUACUACAAAGAAAGGAAAAUGAUGGCUUGUGUGUCAGUUUUAUAACAAGAAAUGUAAAGUCUUGUGUAUAGCAAAGUAGUUGCAUCUGUUUAUUCUGUCUGCACUAGAUAAUAGUUAUAGUUAUUAUUUAUUGAUUUGUAACAACUUGUUUUUAACUAAGCUUCAUAGCAUGGAAGAAAUUUUUCCAUCCACAAAUACAAACAUGAAUAAAUAUAUUCAGGAUAUUGGCAUCUUGA